CGCGUCUCCAGUGUGACGUAGUUUUCCCUUCGUCCAAUCUCACCGUUGCCCUGGGCAACAAUCGGGCGGUCUGGGAAGAGAGGCGUCUGUAAGUAGGCCCGAAAAAGGACCAAAGGUGACCAGUCAUCCCAGGAAAACACUUAGCUGUAUCCAACAAUUCAGAUAUGGCGGAAGUGAAGUCAAUGUUCCGGGAAGUUCUUCCAAAACAAGGGCAGCUGUCUGUGGAAGAUAUAACCACAAUGGUGCUGUGUAAACCCAAACUUUUACCCUUAAAAUCUCUGACUCUGGAAAAAUUGGAGAAAAUGCAGCAAGCAGCCCAGGAUACAAUUCGCCAACAAGAAAUGGCAGAAAAGGAACAACAGCAAAUAACUCACUGAAUGAUAAUUUAGCACUUCUACAGAAUACCCUACCUUAGUAUUAACAAUAGCUAGAAAAUAAUUUGCACCUGUAUGCUGAGAACAGUGUGUGUUAAUAAAACUGAUAGUGCUUAUACAUAAUAUAAAAAUACCCAAGACUAAUGAAACUUGUAUUGUGAAUUUAGACACUGUGGUUUGUAUUGAACAUAAGCAAUUAAAAAAACUUUGAACCCAAAUUUUAUGGGUUUUUUUUUUUUUUUUACCCAAGUUUUUAGAACUGUAAAUUAUUGUUUACCAUUCCUAUCAGUCUUACGGGUAAAAUUCUUAGGCACAAGUGACUAAAUGCAACUCUUAGGUUCACAAAAUCUUUACAUGUUUAUUAAAAACUGAAUUUGACGAUACAUUCUAAUCUUGUACAAAGCGUUUUGGGGCUUUUACAUUACCUAACUUUGAAACUCUUUUACAAAUUUUGUGUUUCAUGUUUAAGGCUAUUUUGCCUAACCAACUGAUUCUACCAGUAAUGACAAAACUAAAUAAAUUUGAAACCCUCACUUAUCCAGUAGUCCCCUGAGCUUUUUGUUUUCAUAAAACGUUUUGAAGUUUAUUUGUUUUAAGAGAGAAUGUGCGAAAGGGGAGGAGCAGAGAGGGAGAGAGAGAAUCCCAAGCAGGCUCUGCACUGCACUGCACUGUCAGCAUGCAGCCUGACACAGGGCUCAAAUUCACGAACCACAUGAAGAGUGUUACCUGAGCAGAAAUCGAGUCAGACACUUAACUAACAGUGAGCCACCUAGGUGCCCCAGUCCCGAGUUUUUAAUUAUACUGACUUUAAGGACUAAGAAUUACCUGGCUACCUUUAUCAUCCAGGUAUCAAACACACAAUUAAAACUACAGACUUGAAAGAGCCCAUGGGAUAAAUAUCAACAUUAAAUUUGGAGUUUUAAUUCUAAAAGGUUUAAUUCUAAACCUGCAAUGGGCAUAUUCCUAAUACCUUUAUAAAUUCUGAAUUCUUGGCUGGUUGCUACAAUCAAUAAUAGACCAUUUAAAUUACCAUGGACCUUGAGGCCUUGCUGAGUAAUCAGGCUCUACAAAAGAGGUUAGAAAUGUAAUCGUUCUUUAGAUAACUGCUAUUUAUUGGUAGCUACUAUUUUCUCAAACACUGGAUAAAUGUAAAACUUUGAGUCACUGAAGAAUUUUUUAUAACACAAACAUUAGCUGGUAACAGAAUUAAGAAUGAUGAAAUUUUAGAAAUUUCAUUGAGCUUUAGAUAAGAUCAGAAAAUAAGUAUGCGUGCAUUUCCCACAUAUAAUAUUAAAAGAAUUUAUUUACGAUUGUACUUUUGAUUUAAAAUUUUUUUUAAUGUUUAUUUUUUGAGAGAGCGUGAGCAGAGGAGGAGCAGAGAGAGAGGGAGACACAGAAUCUGAAGCAGGCUCCAGGCUCUGAACUAUCAGCACAGAGCCUGAUGUGGGGCUCAAACCCACAAACCAGAAGAUCAUGACCUGAGCCAAAGUUGGAUGCUUAACAGACUGAGCCACCCAGGUGCCCCAAGUACUUUUCAUUUAAAAGUUUGCAAAGAACAAAGUUUAAAUUCACUAGGUUCAAAUAUGCUCCCUUAGAGGAUUUAAAAUUUGCUGUGUAAAAUAAAAGUUUUUAAAAAGACCUAAAAUAAAUGUACUCCCAAUGAAGAAUCAACACUGCUUCACAUGUUUUAUUUUGUCAUACAUUCUUUUAGAACCAGGUUCAUUUUUCCAGUUUUGUAGAAAAAUAGAUGUUCCAGCCACCAUUUAUUUAACUGUCUAGUCUUUGAGACCAAUCAAUAUGUUCCCUGGAAAAAUGAAUAAGUCUUAUGACUAACUCAUUUUCUUAAAAUUCUUUAAGACAAAGAAAUAACUUUUUUUUUUUUUUUUUUUUUUUACUCCCAAAGCACAGUA